AUGGGAAAUUUCUGGUCCCUAGUUCAAGAGACGUUUCCCCCUACAUCAAAGUUUGGCAUCGAUGAUAUUCCCGACAUGACUGGAAAGGUAGUGAUUGUUACUGGUGGGAAUACUGGAAUUGGGAAGGAAACCGCUAGGGUAUUACUUCUCAAGAACGCACGAGUGUAUAUCACUUCCCGAGACCACAAGAAAGGCGAAUACGCUGCUAAAGAGUUGUUAGAACGUACUGGAAAGGAGGUGCACGUUCUCAGGUUGGACCUGGCAAGUCUGAAAAGUGUCAAGGCCGGUGCGGAGUAUUUUUUGAAUCAGGAAACAAAGUUACACGUCCUGUUCAACAAUGCAGGCGUGGCCAACUGCCCUGUCAAUCUAGUGACUGAGGAUGGAUAUGACCUUCAGUUUGGGACGAACGUUUUAGGACACUUCUACUUCACAAAGUUUCUGUUGCCGGUCCUAUUAUCAACAGCCAAGUCUUCACCGGAUGGUAUCGCACGCGUUGUUAACACUUCCUCCUCGGCACACCACCUUAGCGGCCUUCACUUCAACACAUUUAAAGACUCGCCUGCGCGGAGGGAGAUGUCUUCGGCGAGAUUAUAUGGGCAGAGUAAGACGGGAAACAUUGUGUUCGCAGCUGAACUAACACGUCGCUACGGGCAACAAGGCAUAGUAUCUACGGCCCUCAACCCAGGAGGCAUCAGGACGGAACUAUCACGCCACAGCAGUAAUCUGUUCACUAUGCUAGUGGAUGUUCUGCUGUAUGACGUGUCAUACGGUGCGCUCACGCAGCUGUACGCUGGGACUAUACCGGAUGGCGCUUCGCUGAAUGGAAAGUAUCUCAUACCAUGGGCAAGGGUGGGUAGACCCGUCGCAAGCACACAAGAUCUUCAACUUGGAAAGGAGCUUUGGACAUGGCUGGAGGAACAAGUUCAAGAUGUAUAGUGGUUCGGAAAUACGCAUAUGUGGUGUGCGACCCGUUAGCUUUAUGAUGUGAGAGCCGAACGGAUCACUGAAUUGUUGUGCGAGUCGAGUUGGACGGAAAUGUAGACGAUGCGAAAACCUACGGUGGUCAUUUGGUUACGGUUGGAAUGCCGGCGACGGCAUCGGAUUUCUUUCAACGACCGACAAUUCCGAUAGGUCUCUUUGAAUAUUCCUAAGGGCAUGACCAUAUCUGUAAAAAUGAAUGUAGUAUAUUGUGCUUAUUCUCAUAUGUGGUAGCCUGUAUUUGUUAUAUUUACAUUGAAAAAACAGAAAAGUAAUCAACGAGCAGGAAACAAGAGAUGAUAAUGCCGGUGCAAAAGCGAGAAUACCUGGAUGAAUCAGUAAACACGGAUAAUAUAAUAACUUACAAUAUGUGACUGCCCGUAAAACGUGGGUGGCAACUGUGGCGACAAGUGAUAAAGUCAUAAAACAAGAAUAAAAUAAAAACUCACGUGUUAUCCACGGCACCAGGGUUGCUAUACCGUUAUAUGACCACCAAAUUAGCAACAUUGUAUGGCCAGAUUAUCAGAGCUGAAUGACAGGGCUUGGUUAGUUGACUAUAGUGCGACAGCCAU